AUGAUCAAGUCUAGUAUUUUCAUGAUUGUGCUAGCAAUGAUAAUCUACGGAUAUUUUACCUUUAUUUAUGGACGAUUGGAAUAUGAAGGAAGUGAAAGGUUAGAUGGAAAAACUGUCAUUAUUACUGGAGCUAAUACUGGAAUUGGAAAAGAAGCGGCGAUCGAUUUAGCAAGACGUGGUGCUCGAGUGAUUUGUGCUUGUCGAUCUAAAUCGCGUGGCGAAGCAGCUAUAGAAGAUAUAAAAAAGACUAGCGGUAGUAAUAACGUAGUUUUAAUGAUGUUAGACUUAGGUUCCUUAAAGUCUGUGCGACAAUUCGCCAAGGAUAUCUAUGCAAAAGAGGAAAGAUUAGAUGUCUUAAUCAAUAAUGCUGGAUUAGUUGGACCUGUUUACAGAGAUACAACUAAAGAUGGUUUCGAAAGGAUGAUAGGUGUUAAUCACCUCGGACAUUUCUUAUUAACAGAUUUGCUAUUAGAUUUACUCAAGAAAUCACAACCAAGCAGAAUCGUCGUUGUAUCAUCGGGCUCUCAUACCAUGGUACCCGGCAUGAAUUUUGACGACCUUAUGAGUGAAAAGUCCUAUUCUGUCCUAACAACCUAUGCGUAUAGUAAACUCGCCAACGUCUUAUUUUCAUUCGAAAUGAGUAGAAGAUUAAAAGGUACUUCUGUAACAAUAAAUUCUUUACAUCCUGGAGUAGUUAUGACAGAGGUUUUUCGAUACUUUGAAGAUUACCUGCAACUUCCGUCUUUUAUAAAUAAAGCUUUGCGUUGGAUGCUAUCGGCAGUUUUAAGAGAUGCCCGUCAAGGAGCACAAACAGUGAUUUGCCUUGCUGUCGAUAAAAGUCUUCAAUCUGUAUCUGGUCAAUUCUUUGAAGAAUGUGAAAUUUAUGAAACAUCAGAAGCCGCUACUAACGAAACUGAAGCAAAGAUGUUAUGGGAUAUUAGUCAAAAACUAGUUAAUUUAUCCCCAUAG